AUGGUUCAAAGAACGGCGCCGCGACGACACCGGCAUUCGAUAAGGUGCCUUGCAUCUCUCGUAAUUUCAAUUCAGAGUAGAUAUCACGCUCGAGUUAUUGUCUCCCGUAAUGUCUCUGGGGCCCGAGUCGCUGUUCCUGAUUCUUCCGUAUUGUCGAGAGAAAAGCUGACAUCUGCGAGGAAGUGUGCGGAAUGUGCGCGAGACGAGAUGGCGGGGAGUUUGGGACAAAGUGCAACCUAUGAAAGUGCGAAUCGAUCUUUGUUUGAAAUGAGCCGUCGGCCGAGGACAUGUGCGUCACGUCAGCAUCACGGGCGAACUCCCAGGGCAACCGUUGAGGAAGAAAAAUAUUUAGUGACAGUCCCCACAUAACCCGAAGGGGUGGUACCCGUUAUUAGGGUUCUUAUUAACCCAGCAUAUGGACCAGAAGGGCGACUUGAGAUAAUGAUCGCGUCAGUCCGGCCCUCUCAACGAUCGUAGCUACACGCGGCAGUUUGCAGUAACAGGUCCUGUUUCAAGAGAUUACAGAUAGUCGUAAUCUGUAUCGACCAUCUUCCGCUUUCCGAUCUAUCGGGAUAGAGAGAUGCAAAUGCGCGCUCCACUCUGACCGCAAGGGAUAAAGAGAAAAAAAGACAUACAGGAUAAAGCGUAAGCCGCGACAAGCGUAAUGUUACAUUUCAUCCCCCGAUGGUGUAUCGUUUCGUACAUUUCGAGAUCCAUUGAUCGCGAUGAUAAGACGUACUUGAUAUUUC